AUGCCUCGCGCGCGGCUGGCUGCCUGCACCCUGCUCCUGGCUCUCCUGGGGCCGGCGGGGCCGGCGGGCGCAGCCACCAGGACCUACCACAUCGGCAUCGGGGAGGAGUACUGGGACUAUGUGCCCCAAGGCAAGAACGUCAUCACCGGGAGAAGCUUCUCGGAGGACAAACUCGCGACCUUAUUUCUUGAAAGGGGGCCCAACCGGAUAGGCGGCCUCUACAAAAAGGCGGUGUACAGACACUACACCGAUGCCACCUACUCCACGGAGAUCCCCAAGCCCCCCUGGCUCGGGUUUCUGGGCCCCAUCCUGAGGGCGGAGGUGGGGGACGUGAUUGUCAUCCACUUGAAGAACUUCGCUUCCCGGCCCUACUCCCUGCACCCGCACGGCGUCUUCUACAACAAGGACUCGGAAGGAGCCCUGUACCCUGACGGCACGUCUGGAAGGAACAAGGAUGACGACAUGGUCCCCCCCGGCAAAAACUACACGUACGUGUGGCCGGUGAGGGAGGAGUACGCGCCGGCCCCCGCGGACGCCAACUGCCUGACCUGGGUGUACCACUCGCACAUCGACGCCCCCAAGGACAUCUGCUCGGGGCUGAUUGGGCCGCUGCUGGUGUGCAAGGAAGGUGUCCUGAACAAGUACUCGGGGACCAGGACCGACGUGGACCGCGAGUUCGUGAUCAUGUUCACGCUGGUGGACGAGAACCAGAGCUGGUACCUGGACGACAACAUCCGGCACUUCUGCACCGACCCCGCCUCCGUGGACAAGGAGGACCCCGUCUUCCAGAGGAGCAACAAGAUGCACGCCCUCAACGGCUACCUGUUCGGAAACUUCCCCGAGCCCCAGAUGUGCGUCGGCGAGUCGGUGUCCUGGCACCUGUUCGGGAUGGGGAACGAGAUCGACAUCCACUCCAUCUACUUCUACGGCAACACCUUCGUCAGCAGGGGGCACCGCACGGACGUGGUCAACCUGUUCCCCGCCACCUUCCUCACGGCGGAGAUGAUCGUCCAGAACCCUGGGAAGUGGAUGAUCACCUGCCAGGUCAGCGACCACCUGCAAGCGGGCAUGCUGGGCCAGUACAACGUGGGCCACUGCAGAGGCCACGCUUCCCACCCGGCCCUGAAGGGCCAGCAGAGGCACUACUUCAUCGCGGCCGAGAAGGUGCUCUGGGACUACGCCCCUCAGGGCUACAACAAGUUCAGCGGCCUCCCCCUCAACGCGACCGGCAGCGACUCCGAGCUCUACUUCACGCAAGGGGACUCCAGGAUAGGCGGGAGGUACUGGAAGGCCCGGUACACGGAGUACACGGACGCGUCGUUCACGCAAAGAAAGCGCCUCUCGGAGGCGGACGCCCACCUCGGAAUUCUGGGCCCCGUCAUCAGGGCGGAGGUGGGCGACACCCUGCUGGUGACCUUCGCCAACAGGGCGGACAGGGCCUACAGCGUCCUGCCCCACGGCGUGAUGUACGACAAGGCGUCCGAUGCGGCCCCCAACAUGGACGGCUUCCUGAAGCCGGGCGCACACGUGAAGCCAGGGGAGACCUUCGUGUACAGGUGGACGGUGCCCGAGAGCGUGGGCCCCACGGCCGACGACCCCCCAUGCCUGACCUACCUCUACUUCUCGGCGGUCGACCCCAUCAAGGACACCAGCUCCGGCCUGGUGGGGCCCUUGCUGCUCUGCAGGAAGGGGGCGCUCAACGCGGACGGCACGCAGAAGGAGAUAGACAAGGAGUUCCACCUGCUCUUCACAGUCUUCGAUGAGAACCUGAGCCAGUACCUCGAUGAGAACAUCCAGAAGUUCACCCGGCGCCCCCUCAGUGUCGACAAGGAGGACAAGGCCUUCGUGAAGUCCAACCGCAUGCACGCCGUCAACGGCUACAUGUACGGCAACCAGCCUGGCCUCCAGAUGUGCAGGAAUGACAGGGUGUCCUGGCACCUGGUGGGGAUGGGCACCGACACCGACAUGCACGGGGUCUACUUCCAAGGGAACACCCUGCAUCUCCGGGGCACCCACCGCGACAGCCUGGCCCUGUUCCCGCACGUCUCCACCACGGCCUUCAUGCAGCCGGACCGUGCAGGCCUCUUCAGGGUGUUCUGCUCCACCUUGCACCACUUCGCGCGAGGCAUGAACCAGCUCUACGAGGUCACCAGCUGCGGCAACAAGGACCCCCCCGAGCAGCCGUACGGGAUGAUAAGAACCUUUUACAUCGCCGUGGAGGAGGUAGAAUGGGAUUAUGCCCCUAACAAAAACUGGGAGUUCGAAAAGCAGCACUUGGACGCAGGAGGGGAAAGCACCAGCCGCUGCCCCACUGGGUGA